GAUCGUGGGUGUUCGGUUGGCUAUUAUGCGACAUAUGGGUAUCGUUGGAUAUACUGUUAUGCACGGCAUCUAUUUUAAGUUUAUGUGCAAUAAGUGUGGACAGAUAUUUAGCAGUGACCCAACCAUUAACUUAUUCAAGAAGAAGAAGAUCGAAACGGCUUGCUUUCGGCAUGAUUUUGGUAGUUUGGUGCAGCUCAGUCCUCAUUACAUGCCCCCCUAUGUUUGGCUGGUACGAAAUAGGUAGGCACAAGGACCAAACCUGUAGGUACAACAGGAAUACAGGGUACGUUAUAUUUUCUGCCAUGGGAUCAUUCUUCAUACCGAUGGUUGUGAUGCUUUACGUUUAUCUGCGAAUAUCCUGCGUUAUUGCUAGACGACAUAAUCAUUUAGGACAAAUCGAUAAUAGAACAAUGAGAUCCCAAAAACUAGUCGGUUGUAAAGAAGAAUCGGAGACAGAACGAGGAUCUUCGGAAGAGGAUAAUGUAAUAAAAUGUACUAGGUAAGUUUAUUGCACAUUAUACGCUUCUUGAAUCUAAAGAGAUGUUUUAUCAUUAUUGGUUUUACUGAAGACGUUCUAUUACUUUUAUUUUUGUUCUUAUAAGUAGUUGUACUUCUUUUUUCUUUUAUAUGGGUACC